CUGAUUAUUUUACUUGUUGUGUUUCUCGGUUUGUGUGCUUUGACUUGAAUUUUGCUGUGAUCUUUGUUUCUUAAUUCUGAAUCUUUCUCCUGGUUGGUUUAAGGAGGUUAAUCUGUGAUUACUCUAUUGUUUUUCUUUCUCGUAACUCUCUCUGGUGAAGCUUCUAAACUGUGGUUUUGCAUUUCUAUUUUAUUCUAUUGGGUUUGUUUGUAUUUGCUGCGAGUAAUCCUUGUCGAUCAGUUCCUGCCUAUUCGGAGAAGUAUUGUGUGUUUUGCAGGAUAUGCCAUUGAAUGUAUUUCUGAAUCGCGGGUGCUAUGUGAAUUUGCAUUUUUUAACUGCAAUUAUUGUAUUUCGCAUGAUGUUCCAUUGGUUUGUAUUUUUCUCAUGAAUUUGCUUUGAUCGAACUCAAGCUCGUAUCACCUAGAAAUUCCUCUUCCAUUCUGGAGUUGAUGCAGCAUCUGUAUUAAUCCUAUGCUUGGUUGACGAAAAGUAAACAAAAAGAAAAUAAGAAGAAGAAGAAAACAAGAGUCUUAUAUUGCAAUAGGACUCCUUGUGUGAUCCUAUCUUUACUCGAUUUGCGUUGCAGGCUUUUAUUUACUCUCCUUUCUUGAUCCCUGUGUAUGACGUCUGAAGUUGAUAUGAAAGAGCUCGACCUAUAACAGUUCCUGUAACGUCAUAGGAGCUGAUGUUAAUAAAAUCAUGCAGCUAUAUCAUCAUCCAUACUCUUUGGAUAGCCAAAAGGUGAGACUUGCUUUGGAAGAGAAAGGCAUUGAUUACACAUCAUACCAUGUCAAUCCCAUAACAGGCAAGAAUAUGGACUCCUCAUUCUUCAGAAUGAACCCGAGUGGAAAACUUCCAGUUUUCAAGAAUGGCUCUCAUAUCAUUUUCAACACUAUUGAGAUAAUCCAGUAUAUAGAAAGAAUUGCUGUUGUCUCUUCAGGCGGUGGUGUCUCCUUUAGUGGCAGAGAAGUAGUUGAAUGGAUGCAAAAGAUACAAGACUGGAACCCAAAGUUCUUCACACUUUCCCACAUCCCAGAUAAGGACCGCUUCUACGUGUCCAAAUUCAUAAGGCGGGUGGUGAUUGCUCGGAUGGCUGAAGCUCCUGAUCUAGCAGGAGCUUACCAUCAAAAGCUGAGAGAAGCAUACAAGACAGAGGACAAGUUGAAAGACCAGGAUGUUUUGCGAGUGAACAAGGAGCAUUUAAUUAGACUUCUUGAUGAAGUUGAAACACAGUUGAAUGAAACAGCAUAUUUAGCGGGGGAAGAAUUUAGCCUGGCAGAUGUAACGCUCAUUCCAGUACUGGCUCGCUUAGUACUCUUGGAUUUGGAAGAUGAAUAUAUAAGGAGCCGACCAAACAUUGCUGAGUACUGGCUUUUGGUCAAGCAGAGGCCUAGUUAUAAACAGGUUAUUGGGAAGUACUUCGAUGGCUGGGGAAGGUACAGAACACUAAUAAGAACUUGGUGCUUUGUUCGUAUCAGAAGUAUGCUAAAAAGAUAUUGACUGAACUACUUAUAGCUCUGGGUUGAUAGAAUGAAUUGUCAGAUAAAUGGAAGGGAAAAUUCUGUGCUCGAUUUUCUACUUUUAUCUCUCUCUCUCAUGGUGUUUCUCUUUUUUGGUGGUGAACAUGGAUUUGAGUCGGUAAAUGGAGAUGAAGUGUGAAAAGGAGUGGGUUAUUAACAACAUAUUGGAGGGUAGAUCUUGCAGCAAAAUUUUUUAUGUACUCGUGACAUUAAAUACAGUGAGAAAAAAAGUGUUUGGAGAUUGUGUAUUUACCUUUUUUUUUUCCUCACAAAACUGAAGGACAGGUGACAAUUACCAAAGAUAUAAUCGAUUGAUUGCUCUAA